GCUAUAUCGGGCCGGGAAGGACCCCGCAACCCGGAAGUGGCCGUGAUGGGGCCUCCCUGUCCUACAGAGCCGGCUACAUCCGGGCACCGGCACCGCGGGGCCUAGCGGUGGCCUGAGCCCCAGGCUGGUUCAUGGGGAGGGCUCAAGCCGGCGAGGGCUCCUGAUUGGGCAGCAGCGGGUGCCAUGGAGCCCGACCAGGCGGCGAGCGCCCAGACUGGGCCGGGAGCCACCGAGACCAAGAUCCAUUUCAAGGUCACCCGGUUCAUCAUGGAGGCAGGGGUGAAGCUGGGCCUGCGCUCCAUCCCUGUGGCCACGGCCUGCACCAUCUACCACAGUUUCUUCACGGCCACGGUGGCCCCGGGGCCCUACGACCCCUACCUGGUGGCCAUGGCUGCGCUGUACCUGGCCGGGAAAGUGGAGGAGCAGCACCUACGCACUCGGGACAUCAUCAACGUCAGCCACAGGUACUUACACCCCCAGAGCGACCCCCUGGAACUCGACUCCCAUUUCUGGGAGCUGCGGGACAGCAUCGUCCAGUGCGAGCUGCUCAUGCUGCGGGUUCUCGGCUUCCGCGUCUCCUUCCGGCACCCCCACAAGUACCUGCUCCAUUACCUGCUCUCCCUGAGGCGGUGGAUGAACCGACACAGCUGGGAGCGGACCCCCGUCUCGGCGGCGGCCUGGGCACUGCUCCGGGACAGCUACCACGGGGCGCUGUGUGUGCGCUACCUCCCCCAGCACGUGGCGGUGGCCGUGCUGUACCUCGCCCUGCACUGCUAUGGGGUGGAGGUGCCCGCCCAUGCACAGGCCCAGAGACCCUGGUGGCAGGUGUUCAGUGACGAUCUCAGCCAAGCUCAGAUUGACCAGAUCGUAUUGGACCUGAUCCAGAUUUACACCUUGGAUGCGGAAAUCUCCUAAUGGGGUCCAGCGAGCGACCCAGUGCGGGGGAGGGGACAGGCCCCAUUCCCACCCCCCGAGCCAGCCAGUCCCUGCCCUGGGGCUGGAUGGGAGCCGGCGCCCCCUAGAGGGGAAAGGCCUCAUGUCCCAUUCCCGCCCCCUGGGGCUGGAUGGGAUCUGGCACUCCCUAGUGGGGAAAGACCCCAGACCCCAUUCCCACCCCCCAAGCCAGCCAGUCUCCGCCCUGGGGCCAGAUCGGAGCCGGCACCCCCUAGAGGGUAAAGACCCCAGACCCCAUUCCCACCCCCCAAGCCAGCCAGUCUCCGCCCUGGGGCCAGAUCGGAGCCGGCACCCCCUAGAGGGGAAAGACCCCAUUCCCUGCCCCUUCCCCAUCUUUGAAAGCGGAGUGUUGGUUGCAGUCUGGGUGUCCUGUCCCUCAGCCGUUACCCUCGCUGCCCGUGCUCCUCCCGCGGGCCGGCUGCCUUGUUGGCUGCACCUCGAGAAGGCCGUCGGACCCGAGCACCGUGCCAGCUCAGAGCCGCUGCAGCUGCUGGGAUGCGAGCUCCAAAGAGCCACAUCACGCGCCCGGCGGGUGUUAGCCACAUGGGUCCCGACCAGCCGAUUCCACAUGUACCUGGGGCUCCUUGAGCUUGGACUGCUUGAUCCGGCGAGUAAAGUUGUGCCUGUGAA